AUGCCAGCAGUUUAUAACUUGAAUGGGGAGGAGGAGAAAGGCAUUCCCUUCCUGCAGUCCCGAUCUGUGAAACCCCUGGCCAAGCAUAAUUUUACACAAAUAUUAAGCAACAAGGACACAGCCACUCUGGUGAUGUUCUACGACCCAGACUGUAUUUACUGUCAGUCAGCCAAACCUCACUUCCUCAAAGCUGCCAAGACCACAGCGGGCAAGAAUCGUCUGUAUGCAGCCGUGGACUGUUCCAAGGAGCCUCAGCUGUGUGAGCUGGAAAACAUCAGAUCAUUCCCAACGUUCAAGCUCUUUGUAGGAGGCAGGUUUCUCGCCAGGUACAACCAGUCUCCCAACUUCAUCAACAUGAGAAACUUUCUGGAGAACGCUCCCCUGGAAAACAGGAUCAUCCCAGCGCAG